AUGGAUUCAUUUUCUCGAGGGUCGACUCUGACGCCCUGUAGGUCGCCUACGCCAUCCAUACCGGUGCAACCAGACCACUUCUAUGGAUCUGAGAACAUUCAGUUACCUCCUUCUCCGGAUUCCGAUGGGAAGACUUGGCUCGACCCUGCUGAUGACCCCAUGGCCAAUCGUGGCAUCCCCGUCUUCAAACCUACCAUGGAGGAGUUUCAGGACUUCGAAGGGUACAUGAACAGAGUUGAAUGCUGGGGUAUGAGGAGCGGGAUUGUGAAAGUGAUACCUCCAAAGGAAUGGUCCGACUCAUUACCAUCAAUCAAAGAGCAGCUGAAGAAUGUCAAGAUCAAGACGCCUAUUGAGCAACAUAUGCUCGGUAGCGGUGGUCUCUUUCGUCAAGAGAACAUGGAAAAGCGCAAGCUCAUGAGCGUCCGCGAAUGGGUAGAACUUUGUACAAAGGACGAGUUUAGGGCACCUGGAAUACAGGAAGUUGGCAUUACCUCACGCAGUGCUUAUGUGCCUACAACCAGGCCUAAACUGCAGCGAAAAGCAAAGCAGGAGGAACCGCAAGUAAAGGUUGAACCAUCCGGCCCGGGUGUGUCUAAGGUGGUGGUCAUUAAGGAAGAGCCAAUGGACGACUAUCACUCCCUGUCCGACGGGCAUUCGGCUGCGCAGGCCGUUGCUACGCCUCCUAAUAGCGAAGGCUCUCCCCCUGCAGCUGGCCCCAGUAACACAGCGAAAGGGAAGAAGAAGACAAAAAAGAAACCAGUGAAACAAGAGGCUCCCAGGGUGAGGCCGAAGCGAAUAGGCCAGACACGAGAGGCGCGUGAGGCUGGAUUGGCAGAACGUGCUGCGCGCGAUCUAGCGUUCUUGGACGUGUUUGACCCGGAGAGGGAGUGGUUGCCACCUGGCACCCAGGCAUCUGACUAUACUUCCGAAUUCUGCCAGAAACUGGAACGUCAGUAUUGGAGGAACUGUGGACUGGGAAAACCUGCGUGGUAUGGCGCAGAUACCAUGGGUUCCCUGUUCACUGAUGCCACGACGGCGUGGAAUGUAGCUCAUUUACCAUCUGCUCUGUCUCGCCUACUUCCGAGUUCAAGUCAGGGUCUACCAGGAGUUAAUACUCCUUACCUAUACUUUGGAAUGUGGAGAGCCACAUUUGCAUGGCAUGUUGAAGAUAUGGAUCUUUUCAGCAUUAACUACAUCCACUUCGGUGCUCCAAAGUUCUGGUAUGCUAUUCCUCAGGGAAGAGCAUCGGGACUGGAACAGACGAUGCGAGGUUAUUUCCCAAAAGAUGUUUCGCAAUGUCAUCAGUUCCUUCGACAUAAAUCGUUCCUUGCAUCACCAAACAUCCUUGCCAACUCGUCCUGCAGGCCUAACCAUCUAGUACAGCAGGCGGGUGAAUUUGUAAUAACAUUUCCGAGAGGUUAUCACGCUGGGUUCAAUCUUGGACUCAAUUGCGCGGAGAGUGUCAAUUUCGCUUUGGAGAGUUGGCUUGAAAUUGGAAGGCAUGCUAAAGCUUGCGAAUGUAUCAGUGAUAGUGUGCGGAUAGAUGUUGAUCAACUAUUACGGGAACGAGAAGAAGAACGGGAAGCCGCUGCUCUUGCCGCUGUCGCAUCCAAACCUUCUUCUCCGGCCAAAAAUAAGAAAUCCCAUAAAAAAGCGGUCGUCAAAAAAGAAAAUGAGGAGGUGGUACUGCCCCCAGUGCUUCCAAAGGCCUCUGCUGCGCGGAAGCGAAAAUCUGAUGCAAAACUCGACGUUCAAACAAUACCCACACUCAAAAAGGUAAAACUUACGCAUUCGCCAUCGAAGGCCAUUGGUAUGACCUCAGGAACCGCGCCAACGACGACGACGAUUUCCAUACCUCCAUCGAAACAAACCCCGACCAAGCUUUCAAUAACACUUAAACUGGGCCCCAGGAUAGAGCCGUAUCCUUGUUGUUUAUGCGUGUCAAUGAGCAAGGACGGCCUGCUCAAGGUCAUGGAGCCUCCUACGCGGAAGGAUGCAGUGGAUGCUGCUGGUAAUCCGAAAGUCUGGAUGGCACAUGAGUUCUGUGCUAGUAUUGUUCCGGAGACGUGGGUCGAUGAGGUUGAUCAGGAUGGUGUUAAGCAGAAAGUUGUCUUUGGUGUUGAUGGUAUCGUUAAGGAUCGGUGGAAUCUUAAAUGCACCGUGUGUACAAAGUCUAGGCCGAAGAGCCACGGCGCCCCUGUUCAGUGCACCAAAGGCAAAUGUUCGAAGGCGUUCCACGUCAGUUGUGCAAAGGACGGAGGAUCAGGAUCGGAUCAGGGAAUUGUAUUCACCAUCCUUGGGCAGGUUGAGAAGGAGGUCAUCUUUUCAGAUGGUCCUUUGUCUCACCAGCAUCAAACUCUGCUUCAAGCAGCGCCAAUACAAAAUACUUCAAAUACUACCGCACCGGCGGUUAAUCCCCCGAUAAUCGAUCAAAUGCAGGUAGAUAAUCCUGCUCCCACACCAAUAUCGGCUGAGGGCGUUGGUGCGGUGGGAGCUGUUGAGAAAGCAGCGCCCAGUGACAAUGAUCCUUGUGUGUUCAAGACUGUCAAAAAAUUGGAGGUGCAGAUUCUUUGCACGCAGCAUAAUCCUGCUGUGGCUGCUCAAAAGCGAGCGAACAAGAAUGAGAAAAUCCGGAACGAUUUGCUGGCGCUGCCAAGCAUGUCCAGGAUCAAGAUUCGUGUCAGUGCUGGGGUCUUUGAGGUGUCUCUGAUCAGAGUCAUCGAGGAGACAAGUACAGUCGAGGUGUUGUGGGACCGGGGCCAGAAGAAGGAGUUCAAAUGGGGCAGUGUUGUAUUUGGAUUCACGGAUGGCCCCGUUCUUCAGAAACCAUCGGAUAUCGCACCCCCUGAACCGGAGCGCGGCGUACAGCACAACCAGCAGCUCCAGCAGCCGGUGUAUAGUACACAAUUGUUGAAUGUUCCGCCGGGCGCUAUGCCUGUCACUACAUUCCCGUCUGUGUUAGCGGCCACGGCUAGUCAACAGUCAUAUGCUUCCGCGGGGGCGUACCCUGCGAGCAUGUCUGCGACUUCAACUUCAGAGGCGAGCAAGGCGGUUACCAGUGGCGCGGCUACCCCUGUGACCACAUCAUACCAGCCACAUGCGGGCCCGUAUGAUUAUUGGGCUUAUGUCUCAGCAGCCCAGGCUCAGUACCCGUAUGGAUAUCCUGGAUAUUAUGCGAACCCUGCUACUUCAGCUACGACAGGUCCGACCUCAGCAGCGAAUGCUGGUGCAAGUGGAUCACGGCAGCCGCAGCCGCAGCAGGUGCAUUAUAACCCCUAUUCAUAUGCUCAUGCGUAUAAUGCUGCACAAUAUCGGGCAGCAGUUACGGCUGGGACGACGGCUGGGACGAGUACAAGCGCUGGAACUGCAGAAGUAGCGAAAACGACCCCGGCAGCGACUACAGCGACUACCCAGUUGAAUUGGCAGCAACCUUAUCAGGGCCCAGCCCUUGCUCCUCAAGCUCAGAGUGCUGAGCCAGCUUCGACGGCUGGGGCCUCACCAUACUAUCGUGAUCGUUCACAGAAGGCGGCAGUGGAUAGCGCUGCCAGCGGUUCGAAGGCGAGUUCUACGCCUGAAUUGGCUACGCCGGCACAACCUCCAGAGGCCGUGCAGGCAUCCUCUUCCAAUUUGUCCUCUUUAACGUCGUUGUCAUCCGAAUCAGCAACUCCGAGUUCUUCAAAUCCACAAAACAGCGAUACACCGACCUCAAUGAUCAGUACCGUCCAGCAGCUGAUUGCGAUGGCCGAUCUGAAGAUCGAGCCGGAGCAAUUGAUGGAGAUUCUGCGUAGUAAUCCUCAGUGGCAAAACAUCAUUAUGGCUGCCGCUGCUAAUGCUGGUGUCCAACCCAGCAAUCCUCCUUCGACAAGCUGA